AUGGCAUUCAACUUUGUCGCUAGAAAUCCCUCUAGCUCAUCACGAGGCAUAGGCCUGCCUACCUUUAAGAAGCGGCUUCUCACAAAUGAUUCGAGUGCCCUUAGAUAUGUUGAAACGGGCAACGAGACCUUUACCUUUUCCGAGGAUCUGCUUAAUCUCAAAAGGCGCAAUGCCCAGCUCUACGAUAGUAUCGGUGCCACUAAGGAAUUGGGAAAUGCUGUACGGAGUCUCAGGUUCAUCUCGCUACAACUCAGGUGUCAAAGAUUGUUUAUCAAGUACAGACACGACAUCGGGGAGGCACCACCGACCUGCUCAUAA